AUGGCAACCAACCCGGCCGGGAAGCUAACACUAGGCGGGCGGGCGGGCGGCCCCGCCCACUGGGGGGAAGCCCCGCCCUGGCGUCGGCGGCUCCGGCUCGUUAUCAGCCGCUUCGCGAUGCGUGUAGCGUGCACGGUCGUCGUCGGCAUAAAACGGAGCAAGGAGAACCAGAUGCACUCCCUUGGGCUCUUCGAGAGGCCGGGAGGAAAGGGCAAGGGCAAAGGGAAGGGCAAAGGGAAGGGCAAAGGGAAGAAAAGCAAGAAGGCCGCCGUGGAGGUGGACAUCUUGAGCCCGGCCGCCAUGCUCAAUGCCUACUACAUUGCCCACAACGCUGCCGCCUGCCUGGAGUUCCGUGGGUUCCCGUGGUCCGGCUCGCCGAAGAAGAAGGGGAAGGGGAAGAAGCGCAAGUAGGAAGCCCCGGGGAGAG